AUGUUGAGCUGGGUGGUCAAAGUCGUUCCCCAGCCGCCUGAGCCUCCACCCAAAACAGCUGAAGAGAAGAAGGAGGAGAAACCAGCUGCUGCCCCGCCUCCUGCAGCUGCCCCGCCCCCAGCUGCUGCCCCGCCUCCUGCAGCUGCCCCAGCCCCUGUUCCUGAGAAGAAAGUGACGUUUCAGGAUGAGACUAAAAAUGAAGCUCCAAAAGCUGACAAACCCAAACAGGAAGUCCAGGUGGCGGAGGAGAAUGGCCCGGCGCCUGCGUCUCAGCCCGCAGUGUUGACGUGGAUCAGCAGCACUUUGCCUCAACCUGCACUCUCACCGAAACUAAGCCGAGCCAACUCCACCACCAAGGAGGAAAACACAACACCCAGAAAAGGGAUGAUCGCUUGGAUCGCUCAGGGUUUGGAGAAAGUCGUUCCGAAGCCUGAACUGAACAAGAAGGAAACAGCAGCAGAAGCAGCAGCAGCAGCAGCAGCUGAGCCGCCGGCCGAGGUGCGUCCGACAGCAGUGGCUGAUAAAGCUGCAGAGCCGCCGGCCGCUGUCGUGGCAGAGAAAUCAGUCCAACAGGACAAAACUGACACCAAUCCACCGCCACCGCCACCCAGGAUGAUAGACUGGAUCAAACAGGGGAUAGAGAAGGUGGUUCCUCAGCCGGAGCUUCCUGUUCGCUCAAAGACAGAAGUCAGCGAGAAGACUGAAGCUCCUGCUGCGCCUAAAGCCGAGACUCCGGCACCAAAACCUGCUCCGGCACCAGAACCUCCUCCAGCCCCGAAACCUGCCCCGAAACCUGCCGACGACACAGAGAAGUCUCCCAAAGAAGCAGAGCCGCAGCCCAAUAUGAUGGGAUGGAUCGUCAGUGAGAUCGGUCGUAUGUUACCUCAGCCUGUACAGAAGCAGGACUCGAGCAGCGAUGAGGUGCAGAACAUCAGCAUUGUACAGAAGAAAACAGACCUGGUGCUGGAGGACAUCGGACAGGAAGAGGUCAAGGAGGUCAAGCAGAAGGAGAAGGAGAAGGAGAAAGGAGAUGCAGAGACCCAGAUGGAUCAGAGUGCUCCACUGAUGGUCAGCAUCAAGGAGGAGGCUGGAGAGGCUCUUCUGGCUCAAAUGGAGGAAAGACUGCAGCAGGGUCGUCUGGAGGCUGCCCGAAUUGCAGAGGAGAUGGCCAGGAAGGCAGCAGAGGAGGCGGUCCGACAGCUGGAGGUGGAGCAUUCGGCUAAGAUAGUCAUAGAAACGCUGCCAGAGUCCAACGAGCAACUGCCCAACAUCCUGGAGGAGGAAAACGAAGAUGACCCAGAGUUGCAGAACCUGCAGGAGGACAGUGACGACAGCACAGACAAUAAGUGUCCUGAAGAAAUUAAGAAAACAGCUAUGGAGGAAGAGAAUAAACCUGAUAAAACCAUGAUGGACGUCUGUCCGAUUGAAGACGAGGCCUCUCCUUCAUCAACAGAUGUGGAACCAGCAUCCGAGAGGAGAGACCUGGAGAGUCCGGUCUCCCAAACCAUCACCCAGCAACCAGAGUCACAAGCUGAGGCACCACCAACCUCCACUACCACCACGGAUCAGGCCGCUGCAGCAGAGGGUGAAUGUAGAGUUCCCGACAUUUGUUCUUCGAUUACGAGCUUUCUGCUUUGCUUCCCACGCGUUGCCGAGUGUCUGCAGAGCUGCAGGAGGUUGAUGCAUGAGCAUGACCUCACCCCGUCCAAACUGUCCAUGCCAACUCCACCGCCGGAGCUCGCCCAGCUGACCCAGGAGCUGUCGCAGUUCCCCAAGCAGGCGCGCCAGUGCUCUCCGGUGCUGAGGGUGGAGGACGUGGAUCAGGAUGUGCAGCAGGAAAAAGGCCUGAACAUCCCCAAAAUUAUCACCACCUCAGAACCAGAGUUUAGAUCUCUGAGUGUCCCCAACGUCCUGCUGUCAAAGCUCAGUUUAUGGGAAGAGUUUCAGUCUGGGUUCAGAGCUAAACACAGUACCCAGACUGUCCUUACCAAGGUCAUCAACGACCUGCUUGUCGCUGCUGACCCCAGUCACCUAAACAUACUUCCCUCAGGUGACCUGUCUGCAGACGAGGACAAUGACCUCGGCCUGAAGACCUGGUCCAGUCAGGGAGACCUGCUGACUGCAGACAAUGAGAUCCGCCCUCUGUCAGCAGCCAGCGUCGGCAGCGUUGUGAUCCAGGACCGUCUCAGCGACCUUGUCAGGAUGUUUAGAGGUCGAACGGAGCGUCAGAAAGAGCGGCUGGUGGACCCGGACGAGUCUGAGGAGGAGAGUCCUUCAGCCUCCCCGAGCAAAGCUCCACCUCCUCCUCCUCCUCCUCCACCAGAGGAGAAGAAGGACGACGCUCCUGCAGCAGCAGAAGAAGAAAAAGAGGAGAAGGAGUAUGUGCUCCCUUUUGAACUUCUGGGACGUCCAGUCAAAAUUCCCAAACUGCCCAAACUUCCCCCAAUGCCCGACUGGCUCCGAGUCAUCCUUGAGUACCGCUUCCCCUCCAGCAUCGACCCGUUUGGUGAUCUGAUCUACGUGCUCUGGCUCUUCUGUGUGGUGGCGGCGUGGAACUGGAAUGUGUGGUUGAUCCCCGUCCGCUGGGCGUUUCCGUACCAAACCCCCGAGAACAUCCACCUGUGGCUGCUGAUGGACUACACCUGCGAUUUCAUCUACAUCACCGACAUGCUCGUCUUCCAGCCCAGACUGCAGUUCGUCCGUGGAGGAGACAUCGUGUGUGAUAAAAAGGACAUGAGAGAAAACUACAUGACCACCGAGAGGUUUAAGAUGGACGUCAUCAGCCUGUUUCCUAUGGAGAUAUUUUACUAUUUCACUGGAGUGAACUCUCUGCUGAGAUUCCCUCGUCUGCUGAAGUACAUGGUGUUCUCUGAGUUCAACGACAGAAUGGAGGCUGUGAUGAAGAAGGCGUACAUCUACAGGGUGAUCCGAACCUCCACCUACCUGCUGUACUCUCUGCACAUCAAUGCCUGUCUCUUUUACUGGGGCUCAGACUACGAAGGACUCGGAUCCACCAAGUGGGUUUACAAUGGAAAAGGCAACGCUUAUAUCCGCUGUUACUAUUUUGCCGUGAAGACGCUGAUCACCAUCGGAGGGCUGCCGGACCCCACCACUGUCUUUGAGAUCUGCUUCCAGCUCAUUAACUACUUUGUUGGCGUCUUUGCGUUCUCCAUCAUGAUCGGUCAGAUGAGAGACGUGUUCGGAGCUGCGACGGCCGGUGAGAACUACUACCGAGCCUGCAUGGACAGCACCAUCAAGUACAUGACCUCCUACAACAUCCCGCGAGAGGUCCAGAACCGCAUCAAGACCUGGUACGACUACACCUGGAAGAGCCAGGGCAUGCUGGAUGAACAGGAGCUGCUGGUGCAACUUCCUGCCAAGAUGAGGCUCGACAUCGCUGUGGACGUCAACUACUCCAUCGUCAGUAAAGUCGCCCUGUUUCAGGGCUGUGACCGACAGAUGGUGUUCGACAUGCUGACGAGGCUCAAAUCUGUGGUGUACCUGCCCGGAGACUUUGUCUGUAAAAAGGGGGAGAUCGGCAGGGAGAUGUACAUCAUUAAACAGGGGGAGGUUCAGGUGGUGGGCGGUCCCGACCUGCAGACGGUGUUCGUCACCAUCAGAGCCGGCUCGGUGUUCGGAGAGAUCAGUUUGCUGGCGGGAGGCGGAGGGAAUCGACGUACAGCUAACGUGAAGGCGCACGGAUUUGCCAACCUCUUCAUCCUGGAUAAGAAGGACCUGGCAGAGAUCUUGGUGCACUACCCCGAGUCCCAGAAACUCCUCCGCAAGAAGGCCAAGACGAUGCUGACGAAGGAUAAGAAGCCAGAUGAGAAGGCGGCAGGUAAAGAGGCGGUGCAGGUGAUCCCGCCCCGACCGGACACCCCUGAGAUGUUCAAGGCAGCGCUGAAGGUGACGGAGCAGGUGGGAAGAGAGGGUGUCUUCUCCAAACUGAAGACAAGCUACAAACCAAGACAGAUUGAUCCUCUCCUCUUGUCGUCUCCUCCUCCCUCUUAGGUUCUUCCCUCCAUCUCUCCGGUGCCCCCUCCCUCUCCGAUGCACCGCCGCUCUCCGGUCCCUCUCACCGCGGUUCAGGACGAUGAUGACGCCGUGUCGGAGACGGCCGACAGUUCAGUGAUCAUCAGGAUGACGCCGCGACCACAGGGGGAGGAGGUGCUGACCGUGGAGGUGGCGCCUGGGGAUGGAGAGGAGGAGAAGAAGGAGUGAGGAGACAGGAAGCUGUCGUCCUCUCAGGACUCAGUUGGCUUCCCAGAAUGCCUUUCAGCAGCCUCCGCAGAAGAGACAUGGGUUUCAGGUGGAGGUGGAGAGAAAAACGACGGACCCCAGAGCAUCACGGUCCCUGUCCUCCUCCUGCCAGCUCUGUUUCUUCUUCUCUGGUGGAUUCUCCGCACGUCCUCGUCCUCCUGGUGUUAGACACAUUUUAAAUCUGUGCAGAAGAAGAACUCUGAGAACAGUCACACACAUGAUGUCAUCUCAAUAUAUUCAAAUGUUCCUCCUCUCUGGAUGCUUCUCAUUCGCUUUUUACUUGUCUCCUUGUUUCCUUCACUUGUUUCUUUUCCUCACGUCCCUCUGACGCCGUGAGGACGGACGCAGGAGGAAACAGGAAGUAGUGACCUGAGACGUCAGCUGUCAGUCGGCUUUAACUCGUCUGUGAUGAACUGUACUGCAGAUAUUUAGAGAGGAUAAACUGCUGCUGUAAAGUUAUCGUACGACACGUAGAUCCAGUCAGACGAUCUGAUUGGUUAACUAGACAUUGAGAGCGUGCUCAGAUCAGCGUGAACGCAGCUGAAUAUAAAACCAGUCGGAUGGUUUAUAUAUUGUUGAAUUUGAUUAAAAUCAUCUUUAAUGAAAAUCAUAUCUGGUGUCGUUAGAUCGCUGUUAGCCGGCCUGAUGUUAAAGAACAGACCACAGAGGAAAUGUUUUUAAAAGCUAAACGCAGACGGAUAGAGACUGAAGCAGAAUAUUUUGAUAGACAAAUUAAUUUUGGAAAUGAUUACAAAGAUCUUUUUUCAAUAAAUUUUGACCUUCAA